AUGAUGAAUCGAAUCGCAUAUAACGCGGCAGUUUCAAACUCGGAAUACGGUCACCCAGCGGCGCAAAAAGUGACAUUCUGGAUGCCCGAGUUCUGUGACGCAUCACAUAUUUAUGCGCUUUCGAAGAUGGCUGUAACAGUGGCAAUGUGUAGCAACAGUCAGAUUUCGAUGUACAACGCUAUGCCACUGACAAUGGAGGAGUACAUAGCCGGCAUAUCUUGCGAGCAUUUGGAUGUGGAGAAGAUGCUGCUCGAGCAACGAGGAGCUAGAGAAGUUCGGCUUAUCGCUCCAUUCGCUGGGAUGGAUAAAAGUGGCCGAGGUGUGUGUAUCCGCAACGAGCAGGGUGUCUGUACGAUGGGAAACGUUUGUCCUCUAAGGCAUAUAAUUGGCGACAAAGUAUGCUUUGAUUCCUUCUUCCUCUUCAUUUCAGCUUGUAACACAACAGCUUUUUCGGAACUUUCCGUUUCGUUCAAAUUUGCACUCGCCUGUGAUAGUUGGGGUGUGCUUAAGGUGUCUUCAUACUAUGGAGAUUUGCUCGCACACUCUGUACUUCCACGCCAAGUUUUUCGUUUUUUGCAUCUAUGCAAUGCAGAAAGCGCAUAUUGA